AUGCCGCGGGAGGGCAGCGCGGCGGCGGCGGCGGCCCUGGGCACGGCGCUGCUGGCGCUGGCGCUGGCCGGGGCGCCGGGCCGGGGGCAGAACUACGACUACUACGGCUGGCAGCCGGAGAGCCAGCCCCACGGGCGCUACUACGGCAGGGAGCCGCAGUGCGUGGACAUCCCGGCGGACAUGCAGCUCUGCCGCGACGUGGGCUACAAGCGCAUGCGGCUGCCCAACCUGCUGGAGCACGAGUCGCUGGGCGAGGUGAAGCAGCAGGCGGGCAGCUGGGUGCCCCUGCUCGCCAAGCAGUGCCACACGGACACCCAGCUCUUCCUCUGCUCGCUCUUCGCCCCCGUCUGCCUCGACCAGCCCAUCUACCCCUGCCGCUCGCUCUGCGAGGUGGUGCGCGACUCCUGCGCCCCCGUCAUGGAGUCCUACGGCUUCCCCUGGCCCGACAUGCUGCACUGCGCCAAGUUCCCCUUCGACCACGACCUCUGCAUCACCGUGCAGUUCGGGAACAGGCAGGCCACCCCGCCGCCAGUGUCCAAGAUCUGCACCCAAUGUGAGAUGGAGCACAAGGCGGAUGGCAUGAUGGAGCAGAUGUGCUCCAGUGACUUCGUGGUGAAGAUGCGCAUCAAGGAGAUGACACAGGAGAACGGGGAGCGGCGCCUCGUGGCUGCCCAGAAGAAGAAAGUGCUGAAGCUGGGCCCGCUCAAGCGCAAGGACACCAAGAAGAUGGUGCUGUACAUGAGGAACGCGGGCACCUGCCCCUGCCCCCAGCUCGACAGCCUCAGCGGCAGCUUCCUGGUAAUGGGCCGCAAGGCGGGUGGGCGGCUGCUCCUCCUCGCCAUCUACCCCUGGCAGAAGCACAACAAGGAGAUGAAGUUUGCCAUCAAGUUCAUGUUCUCCUACCCCUGCCCACUGUACCACCCACUGCUCUAUGGGGCCGGGCAGCGCUAGGGCCCUGCCUGCCCCCUCCCAGGACUCCUGCCUUCACCAAUGGGGCCAGAGCACCAACCCUGCUCUGCACCCCUGGGACCCCUGCUCUUCACCCCUGCGAUUCCCGGCAGCAUUUGUGGGAGCCUGGAUCCGCACCUGGACCCCUGCCCACAUCUGACAGCCCUGCUCUGCACCCUUGGGACCCCUGCCCACAACCCUUGAUCUGCAUCCUUGAGAGCCUGGCUCUGCACUGGAGGCCCUUGGCUGCCCCAGCACCUCUGCCUGGCAUCCCUGGGUCUCCUGCCCUACCCCAACUCCUCAGCCUUUCCAAAGGCCAGGGGCUGGCCCAGGGGCUGGGACAAUGCAAGUUCAACCUCAAACCCUUCCAGAGCAGCUCUGCAGUGCCCUCCCACAUCCCCUGGCAGUGCCCCCAGCCAGGUACCUUGGCCCUGCUACCCCAGCGCACUGUACCACGCGCUGCAAUAAAUUAUUCUGCCUUAGAGAAGAUCCGUGUCCAGCUCCCUGCGGUUCUUGGGCAAAUGUUCCCCCAGGCUCCUUUCCUGGGGCUGGGACAGGCACAAAGGGGGCCCCGACCUAGGUGGCUGAGCAGAGGGAGCCCAGAGAGCGGAGAACACUUAGACCCAGCCCUUACCCGUGUCCAGAGCCCAAGACUGGGAACUGCAGCCAAGCUGGGGGUCCCAGCGGCCACAGGCAUCAGUGGCUCCUGCAGGGCACCCAGCAUCCCUUUGCAAGGGGAAGAGCUUCUCUGUCACCUCUCCGCCCUUGGGU